UAACAUCACUAAUUAGUAAUACUAAUUAGUACGUCACUAAUAUAAUAACUUCCGCUAUGAUCUGUCAUCUGUCUUUUUCCAUAUCCUUCGUAUGGGUCGACUAUGUAACUGUGGUACAGUGAAUGUGUGUUGUGAAAUAAAACUCAAGUAACCCAAGAUCAAGGACUUUCAUUUAUAUUACAUGGUGUCAGAAGUCAAGAAGAACUCAAGUCAAAAAAGUCGAAGUCUGGAAGACAGUCGGUCGCGAAAAUGGACCAGUCGAGUUCCGAGCCAUGCGGCGUGGGCGACCAUAAUGGCGUCCAAGGCCUUAACAGCAAAAUAAAAUCACUGCAAAUUUCGUCAGAUUCCACAAAUAAUAAUGCGGAGGCGUGGAAACGCUGGUGGCAGCAGUUGGAGCUGUAUCUGUUGGCCACGGGUUUGGAUAAGGCACCCGAAAAGCGUAAGAUAGCUAUCUUGUUGCAUCUCAUAGGUGAAAAGGGCUUAAAUAUAUUCAAUACUUUCAACCUCACCAUUGAGAAGACCACGCUUGCCGAAGUCAAGUCCAAAUUUCAGAAUUUUUUUGAGCCCAGAAGGAACAUAACCAUGUGCCGUCACAUGUUCUUCACCAGAAAGCAACAGAAAUCCGAGUCGAUCGAAGGAUUCCUAGCAGAUCUGGAGAACAAAAGCCAAGAUUGUGAAUUUGGAACACUCAGGGAAUCGCUCAUCAGGGAUAUUUUCAUUGCAAAUCUGCAUAUGGAUUUAGCGCAUGUACGUCAGAGACUACUCCAGGAACCUGAUCUGACAUAUCAGAAGAUGCGAGAACUGGCAACAACACUGAUCGUCGCACAGCAGGAUGCUGAAAAAAUUGUCAGUAGUUCCAACGUUGAAAAGUCAGAAAAUGUCAUGCAUCUACGUCGGAGGAGCCGUAGUCGAGGGGAUCGUCGACAGCGAGCUUCACCAGUCGGUCAGCAGGGUUCUGGCGCAGGGAAGUCUCCCAACCCUGAAAGGCGCUCGAGGACGUGUAGCCGCUGUGGGCAAUCUCACCGCUACAAGUGCCCAGCGCAAGGAGUCAAAUGCAGGUCAUGUAAAUCAUUUGGUCAUUUUGCUAAAUAUUGCUUCAAAAAUAAAAAUAUCAGUCAUUUAGAGUCGUUUAAUUCAAGUCAUAGUCAUAAUAAUAAUCAAGAUUAUUUUGUUGGAAUUUUGAAUAGUCAUAGCUCCAGUCAAAGUCAUAAGUCUAAUUGUCAUUUAAAGUCAUAUAACAGUCACUAUAAACAUGUCAAGUCAGCAAGCACACAUUCACUGUACCACUUGUCUCCACCACCACAAUUUACACACAUACAUAGUCAGUCACAGUCAGGGAAUGAUUCCGGUGAUGACAUUGGUGUCAUUCCUGAGAGAUCUCACCGAGACUCAUAUUGUCAGUCUGAGAAAUUAAUUCUCAAGUCAUAUUUCAAUGAUGAUAAUGGUGAUAAUGUCAUGUCUGAGAGGUCUGAAAAGUACCUCGGUGAUGAAAGCAGUCACCAGUCUGAGAAAUUAAUUCUCAAGUCAUAUUUCAAAGAUGAUAAGGGUGAUAAUGUCAUGUCUGAGAGGUCUGAAAAGUACCUCGGUGAUGAAAGCAGUCACCAGUCAGAGAAAUCAAUUCUCAAGUCAUAUUGUCAUAAUUCAAAUAAAAGUUGUGAUAGUCAAAGUGUGUAUCUCAAUGAUGAGUACAGACACAUGUCUGAGGAAUCACCUCACACAAUCACAACAGUCACAUCACCAUAUCACAGUCAACAAGUCACAUCAUCAUUUAGUCAAGUCAAUACAGUCGAGUCAAAACAUAAACAUAACAUUAACAAUAGUAAACAGUCUUGGAACAUAAAUGUUAAAGUAGGUCAUUCACAAUUUAAUUGUAUCAUUGAUUCAGGAGCUGAUCUUAACAUAAUGUCAAAACAAACUUUUGUUUCUUUAAAACGUCAACAAAGUCAAAUGUCACUUGUCAAAUGUCACAUAAAUGUCACAGGAUUUUGUGGCAAGUCAAUACCCAUUAUGGGAAAAGUCAAUAUUAAAUGCAAUUUAAUAUUAAAUAAUAACACUGUCAGUGAAAAUAUAGUAUUCAUAGUCGCAAAUUUAGUAUGUCCCAAUGUCUUAGGUCUUCCUACUUGUGAAAGGGUCUUGGCUGUCUACCUCCUGUCUGUCACCUGAAACUCAAACCUGAUGCAGUACCAUGCGUGGAUCCUCCCAGGAGAGUACCAUUUGCGAUGCUUGGAAAGCUACGCGAGGAGUUGGAUCGCAUGGAGAGCAUGCAAGUCAUUGAAAAAGUCACUAAGCCUACAGAAUGGGUGAAUAGCAUAGUAAUUAC